AUGCAGAAGAAGGAUGCCGAAAAGUGCAACAUGCUUUCUCCCGACGAUAGUGAUGAUGUUGUCGCUGUUGAAUUGAAUGAUGUAGACAGACACGUCUUCGAACACGGCGUAGGAAGGUUCAAUCGCCUUGGUUGGAAGCGGCUUACGAUUGUUCUAUUAGUCGAAGCUGUUGCCCUUGGAUGUCUGUCACUUCCAUCCACAUUUGGAGCCCUGGGAAUGGUCCCGGGCACGUUAUGUUGCGUCGGACUUGGAUGCAUUGCGGUAUACACCAGUCACACUAUCGGCCGAGUUAAAUUGAAGUUUCCUGAAGUGGCACACUAUGCUGAUGUUGGUCAGCUGAUGUGGGGACGAGCUGGCUAUGAAGUCAUCUAUGUGAUGCUUACGUUGAUGCUUCUUUUUAUUUUAGGCUCGCAUUGUCUUACUGGAACUAUUGCGUUUGUUCAGAUUACAAAGAGUGAUAUUUGUUCUAUCGUCUUCACAGUUGUUUCUGGAAUUAUUUUACUGCUGCUCGCUAUACCUCCUACCUUUACAGAAGUCGCUAUUCUUGGUUACAUUGAUUUUGCUUCUAUUGUUCUGGCCGUUGGGAUCACAAUCAUUGGAACUGGAGUUAGAAGAUCUCAGGUAUCCACAGAAUGGUCUGCAUGGCCCCGAGAGGAUCUCACAUUCACAGAAGCCUUUGUUGCGGCCUCCAAUAUUGUUUUUGCAUACAGCUUUGCUAUAUGCCAAUUCUCCUUUAUGGACGAGAUGCAUACGCCGAAAGAUUAUGUGAAGUCUAUCUGGGUGCUAGGAAUUCUUGAGAUCUUGAUUUACACUCUCACUGGAUCGCUAGUGUAUGUCUUUGUCGGUAAGGAUGUGAAAAGCCCUGCUUUACUAUCCGCAGGAGACUUGCUCAGCCGGAUAGCCUUCGGGGUCGCACUCCCUGUGGUUUACAUCAGUGGUUCAAUAAACACCACUGUUCUGGCCCGUAUGAUCCAUGGGAGGUUAUACAGAAACUCCGAAAUCCGAUUUAUAAACACGAGGAUGGGGUGGAUAACCUGGUUAUCUCUGAUUACCAUUAUUACCGUCAUUGCGUUCAUUAUAUCUGAGAUUAUACCUUUCUUCCCUGACCUGCUGUCUAUAUGCUCCGCCCUCUUCAUUUCCGGCUUUACCUUCUAUUUUCCAGCUCUGAUGUGGUUCCUACUUCUCCGAGAAGGAAAAUGGAAUACUGCAUAUAACAUUUUCUAUGGAGUCGUCAACGCUUGUAUUUUUGCGAUAGGAGUUAUCACACUGGGUUGUGGUAGUUACGCCAGCGUUCAAGACAUUAUUCAAAACUAUCAGACAGGUGCUGUUAGAGGAGUUUUUGCUUGCUCGACACCCGCUUGAUCCAAUAGGUAGGUUGGACUGCUUAGCCUCCACACUUUUGAGGUGCUACGGGCAUAAGGUCUCUC